CAUACAGAAAAAUUUGCAAUCUUAUGGAUGUACGACUGUCUAAGUCGAAUCUUCCGAACGAAGGUGUCGUGAAUGUUAUUACGAAGCUUAGAAACUUCACCAUAUGCAACAAAGGUCUUUUGCACAAAAUGAAGACGAUUAUCUGUAAACAACUUGGUUAUCCUACCGUAGCAUCCGUGAAAGGCUCAAUGUCAAUAUCAUCUUUCAUACACCAAUCGUUUAUACCUGGAACUGUCAAAUGUGAUGCUCGAGUGAAUGAUUUAUCUCAAUGUGCUAUCACUCAAAAUAAUAAUUGCUCUCAAUACUCGUACGUUACAUGUCAUGUUUGUGAUCAUCCUCUAUUAAAAAACGUAGAAAAAUUCCCAGAUUCUUGCUUUACUGACUUCCCAAAGAGUCGUAGUGCUGUUAAAGCAAGAAUAUCCAGUGGUAGUUCAUGGUGUGCUCCUGCUGCAGAUGGCAAUCAUUAUCUUCAACUGAAUUUUCCGAGUCUUUAUACAGUUAACGUUAUCACUAUCUUUGGAGACAGUUCAAGUUCAAGCUUUGUAACUAAAUAUCACUUGCAGACAAACAUUGAUGGUGUGAACUGGAAAUCUGAAAAAUCCCAAAAGAUUAAUCUAGGAAACAAAAAUGGUUACAAUGAUGCGGCUAUAGAAAAGUUUUCUGGUGGCCUUAAAUCCAAAGCUUUGCGAAUCUUUCCAUUGAAAUUUGUUGGUGCACCGUGUUUACGAAUUGAAAUUUGUGGAGGAGACUUACUCCCAGACAAACCAACAGAUCUCAUUGCAACCAAAUCUGCAUCGACGUACCUUGAGAUAUCAUGGAAACAUCCCAAAAAAACUGGUGUAUAACU